AUGACUAGUCCAUCGAGUAGCUCGGAACAAUCCGUAACGUCUACUCCCUUUGGUCUUCGCAAUGGAGCUCAGAUUCCGCGGAAACUUGUGAAGAUUCCCAAGGAUCAACAAGCAAUCUUUUCAGACAGCGGAAGACAACCGUGGAUAUCAAAUCUCAGAAACAACCAACAGCAGAAUACCGCCAGAGUCCCGCCAAAGGUCCUUGAACAAAUUAAGUAUUUUCAUACCUCUCGAACCCUGCCGCCACCUGCUCAGAAGCCAAAUGCGCCUCUUUCCAGUGGGCCAACUGCAUCAGUCUCAGUCUCCGAGAAUAUACCCAACGAUCAGCAAGAUGAUGAAUCAGACUCUGAGCCAGAGGUGCCCGUCAGCUCCUGGCCGGAAUCUCCCCCACGACUGCCCCGUGGAAGGGUGCCGCAAGGAACUCCUUCUCCAGCACCUUCCAUUAGGUCACAAGUCAUCUUGACCCAAGGCCAGUCUGGUGUAGAACGAAUUAUCUCCCAGUCCCCACCACCGCGGACAAGAAGCAGUCCUCAGAUUCGGUCUUCGCCACCGAUCGUCCCAGCCACCAAGCAACAGAUAUCACCUCUUAUAGGCGCCAAACGUCGCUUCCAGGUUGACGUGUUUCCUUCCAGCAGCGCCGGUGUUGAAGACGAGUUGGAAACCGCCAUCCCAGGGGCUCUCUGCGAAGCGACACCCCCUAUCAACAGAAGAGCUGCGCGUUUGACUACUGCAUCCCAGGCCGUCACCAGUCCUCCCUGCGGUCAAGGAAGCAUAGUUCCGUCCACUUACAAAGACAUUAAGAGCUCUGACAAGGUGGAAGAACCAGUUUGCAAGAAAAGACGAAUGAAGGCAGUCGAACUGAGCUCCCAAGAAGUUGAAGAGGAGCGCCCUUCGGCAGAUGUUGACCCACAAUCUGUAGCACCACUUCCUCAAACUCAUCAAAGAGCCCUACAGACAGCCUCAGGCUCUGCACUUGCGUCAGCGUCUCUUAUCACCGACGAGCAACCGAAACUGGGAACACCCAAGGUCGUCAAAGAUGCCCCGAGUCUCUCUAGAAGUGCCGGUCUUGGUCACAAGGCAGGCAAAACAUCUCGUCCAGAUGUUACGCCCUCGAGAGCACACGUCCAACCAACCCUCGAGAGUGUAAGCAAGGUGAAAAACAAUAUUCCACUGGCCACACGUGGAGUAUUGUCCGAGGGCGAUAGCCUGGAAUCCUCGAAGGAAGAGGUUCAGCGGCAGAAGGCAAUAUCGUAUCUCAACGAAGCAUGGAAGCGGAAUGGUCUUGAUUGGAUUCCGGCCGCUUUCCAGCACCUCCAGCCAACUCUGACGACUCAGAGUCUUGGGGUCCUGGUUGACAUCACCCAUCAGGCAUCAAAGAACGGUAUACGACUUGCAAGGCUGUGGUCGAAGCCUGAUGGUCCGCUUUAUAAAGCGACUUCGAACAUUGCAGGCGACAGACUGAUCUUCUCCGAAGACGUCGCCGAGGCAUCACUCUCUUUCUUCGAGGCAGAGAAGUCGGAAGCGGCAAAGACUCGAGGCACAGCUUCGCGUGAAGCAAGAGUAACACCGGCCGAAAGCUCUUCGAGGCCCGGCUCGGUCGCGAGGCCUCCUUUUGCGCAGGAUCCGCUGGAAGCUUUCCGCCACGCAUAUCCCUCCUUUUCGGGCAGCGUAGGUGACUUUGUGAAGGCUUGUUUCACGAUCAAAGACCUGCGUCGGAAACGACUGCUUCCCAAGUGGCUCUACGACGACUUCAUCCGCGCUUUCGUGGACGGAUUCGUCCCUUACAUCCAAACCCUGGACGAUGACGAGGAGCCGCUCUCGGCAUAUCAGUGGUACGUCGAGUACGUGGACCGGCCAGCAUAUCAGGGCGGUGUCGUGACACGCGAGAAUCUGUAUCUAGUUUUCAAGAUCUACCACAGCGAAUUCAAAUCGGCAAGAGAGUCUGUGUUGGAGAGCGGAACUCCGUUUCCAGAGGUUGCACAGAGGCGUCUCUCUGAGCAAUCAGCGGCGUUGAACCUGAGCGUGGGUCCUAAGACGCCAGUUGCGCAGAAUAGCAACCCCACCCCAAAGCCUCAUAUCGAGACACGCCCAUCGGACGACACGCCUAGCAAGCUUGCCUCCUCUUCGGUGCAUGCUUCAAUUGCGGAACAGCCGAUUGCUUCAAAGACAAACAGCAUUGACCAUGUUGGCGAGCAGUCUGCUAAUGAACCUCAUACUCACAAUGCCUUACCUCCUGCACCGGACAUCCCCCCUACCAAUGGGGAUAAGGCCAAACAACAAGUGACAAACAACGCGGCAUCAAGCCCUCGGAACCCUCCGGUGUCUGUCCCGGCCAUUCGACGACACACAAACGCUCUGCAGGACGACGAAGACGUCACAUUCAUAUCCAGUACCCCGCGGCCUCGUACCGCAAAUCCUUUGAAGGAAGCCAUCAAGACGGAAAGCAACAACAACGGCAUAACCGCCGCCGCCACCACCACGCCAUUACCGCAGAAGGCAGUUCUCAACCCACUCCUAUCUGAGCAGAGGGUACCUUUAUUCUCGAAGCCCACCAAGGCCACCAUCAUCGCAGAGACCCCGCCGCGAAAGACAGCCAGCCCGCCCAAGCGGACUACCCAGCACCCAGCAGCACGUCGUAGCCUGCCGGCCUCGUUCUCCGACGGCCGGCCGCCUCCCGCUUCAAUGCCGAUCAAGGCUCCAGUACCAGUGACGACGAGCCCGGCGGCGAGCCCCGUGCCAAGCGGCACGCCAAAAACCGUGUUGGGUUCCUUUUUCCAGGAGAGCCGCGUGAAGAAACCCAAGCAGAAGGCGGCCAUGACGGAGAAGGAGAGAAGACAAGCGGCUUUGGCCAAGAUGGAGAGGAUGUCGAAGGAAGGACGGUAUAAGCCACCGUCUAGCACGAUGCCUCCCACGUCUUGA